AUGAGUUUUAUUGGACAAACUUUGUUACAAAAUAUUGAUUCAAGACUACGUCAAGCUUUUCCUGAAAAAUCAAACAUGAGUUUUGGUGGAAGAUCAAUCAUUUUGUUAGGAGAUUUGGGACAACUACCUCCUGUUAGUGACAAACCACCUUAUGAUAGUAAUGUGCGUGCAAAAUUAUUAUGGCAAGAGUUUAAGAUAGUUGUUACUUUGGAUAAGGUGUUUAGACAAGAUGGAGAAACUGAAGACCAACAAAGGUUUUGCCAAUUACUCACAAAUAUUAGAGAUGCACAUCCAACUAUAGAUGAUUGGAAAUUAUUGAUGACAAGAAUAGAUGCUUCAUUACAUCCAACAAUUAAGGAGGAGUUUGAUAAUAAUAUUCAUCUAUUUGCAACAAAUGACAAUAUGCAUAACCAUAAUAGAAAAAAGUUAUAUGCAUUAAGAAGACCAAUAGCCCGAAGCAUUGCAAGUAAAGAAGGUAGUACUAAUCUAGCAGGAGGUCAAAAUGAUGAGUUAGAUGUUGAAUUAUUAAUUUGUAAGGAUGCAAGGGUCAUGUUAACAUCUAAUUUAUGGAUAGAAGUGGGUCUUGUGAAUGGAGCUUUAGGAUACAUCUGA